AUGUCAUUAGUUCGAGUGAAAUCUCAAUUCUGUAAUGGGAUAUCUCAAUAUGGUCGAUGUUCUACAAAUAGUGCAUGUGCUUGUUACCAUAUAGCAGGAGCUACUGAUAUUGGCAUUUGUGCCGAUGAAGUCGUCAACUGUUCUGAGCUAGUUGCAUGCGAACAUUCAAGCAACCUUUGUUACGAUCGUAACCAUAGAUGUGUUCAUCAUCCUCAAUGUCAUAAUCUUCCAGUUUGUUAUCCGGUGCCGAGUUUCAAUCGACAACUUUGUCCACCAAUACCAACAAUGAAUAAUACAACUAUAAGUACGAUUCCAAUUACAACUGCAACAACAACUACAACAACUACAACUGCUACCCAACAACUAGUAUUUCCAAAUAUUUCUGUCGAUGCUCGAUGGGCACAGAAUGGGGUGACCAUUGCGGGGACCAGUGGAGGUGGCAGAGGCUUGGAUCAACUCAGUCUACCCAGAGAUGUCCUUGAUAACGGUUUUUAUUUAUUUAAAUCCUCAUCAAUUUUAUCACAUUGUAUUUAUCAAACCAAUGAAUGUAAUACACAAAAUUGUCUACAAUAUGUUUCAUUUCAUCCACCAUCAGCAACAGUUAUUCGUAGACGACGUGUCAUUGAAUCAAUUUAUAUAGAUGUUCAACAAAAGAAAAAUAUAUUUAAAAAAUUUAUUGAUCUAUUUUAUGGAACAAAACCAUCAACGAUUUAUGAAUUAGGUUUAAAAUUUUUAUAUGUAUAUGAUGGACUAUUUAAUUAUAGAGAAGGGCAUAUGGUAAGUAAUUCUUAA